UGGGGGGCACCAACACAGAGGAAAAUAACCCACAAAUGAGAAUCAAACGUUUGGACACAACUACUCGUUUUUCUUUAUUUUUACUCCUUUCUCAAUGCAAAUAGUCCGGGUAGCCAUUUGAUUAGCUGUUCAGGAGUGUUAUGGUUUGGGGGUAGAAGCUGUUAAGAAACCUUUUUGGACCUAGACUUGGCGCUCCGAUACCGAUUGCUGUGCGGUAGCAGAGAGAACAGUCUAUGACCAGGGUGGCUGGAGUCUUUGGCAAAAGUAGGAGCUUCAUAUGUCUCAGGCAAAUCAUAAUUAAAUACAUAAAUGCUCAUAAUUAAUUAGGGAUAACAAAAAAAAACAUUACAGGAUUUUGUUGUGUCGCUGCGCUGUGCAAUAUCUACCGAACUGUUUGGAUUGGAACACACCCACAAGUAAACAAACAGUGACGUACACUAUUUUAGUCCCACCCACAAUGCAACGCGGACGAACCUGGGGGAUCCUCCGAGAAGACGGUGAAAAGAUAACAAAUAGGGGCAAAUUAAGACAAAGCAGGUCGUUAAAACGAUAAUUUGUGAAUGGUGUAAUUGAAUAGUGGUAGCUCUAGCUGCCUAAUUUGAAAAAAUUGUUUAGUAAGUUCCAACUUUGUUAGUGGAGGUUAGCGGUGUGACAGAAGCCAGACUUUGCUUUGGCGACAGGGACAGCAGAGUUAACUAGCUUCAUAGCUAAUGUUAGCUGUCAGCUAUCUUGACAACAAAACAAUGCUCCGUUGAUAACCGUAGUUUGUUAUUUAGCUAGCCAAAGUAUAGACCGGAUCAAAGCUAUCAUUAAAACACAAAUCUCUGUGAUUUCUUCAACUAUCAACAAGACCAUUGACGUUGGCUAACUAACUCUAGUUUUCGUUGUCCAAGUGAGCAACAGCUGGUAGUGGCUAUUGUUAAAUUGACUGAGACGAGUCGCUGAACCAUUUACUGGGUCAAAAUGAACAUCGACGAGGCGGCAGCUCCGAAACCUGUCACCGACGAUGAUGGUAUGACAUGGUGGUACCGAUGGCUCUGUAAAAUCGUUGGGGUUCUGGGCGGAGUAUCAUGUGCCAUCUCAGGAGUGUGGAUGUGUGUCACUGUCAACCCUUUAAACAUCGCUGCUGGAGUAUGGAUGGUGUUGAAUGCCUUUGUGCUGUUCCUGUGUGAAGUCCCAUUCUGCUGCCAGUUCAUUGAGUUUGCAAACGCAGUGGCAGCUAGAGCUGACAAAUUCAAGCCAUGGCAGAAAGCCUUCUUCUACUGCGGGAUGGCACUGUUUCCCAUAUUCCUGAGCUUCUCCAUCACCACGUUGUUUGGGAAUGCCAUUGCCUUCGCUACGGGAGUUCUCUAUGGUCUCGCCUCCCUGGGCAAAAAGGGCGAUGCGGUGAGUUAUGCCAGGCUGAAUCACCAGAAACUGGGGGAUGAGGAGAAGCUGACCGGGACGACUGACGGGUCAAUAUAGUGACAUGGCUCAUCCCUCCGGUCUCACAGAGGAGGAACACUAUCCUUAACCAAGGGACAAAGAUGUCAACCCCUCUCCCUCACCAUCCCAUCUCUUUUACCCCACCUCUCCCUCUCUGUUACUGGGUUUAUUUAUGUAUCUAAACUGCUGCAUCUUUGUCUUAUUUGAUGAAAUGUGUCCGAAUAGAUAACUAUAGAUUUUAUGUAAUUUGGGCCUUUUAUAGUGUGAAUUUAGUUUUCCAUGCCAUUUUAGUUCAUGUAAAGGUUUAGCGGUUGUUUUAAUACGUUUUGGGGGUUAUUUAUUCAUUUUUUUGUGCUGUUUUGUUGUCCUGGUUACUGGGGAAUCCAUUUUUGGCAAGUAGGAAAAGGAAUGUACCAUUUUAGCUAAGCCGCCUUUCAGGAAACCUGGGCGAUAGUGAAAGUGGAAUUGUAGUUUUUGUUAAGGAAUUUCCCAAGUCAUCUUACUCUGCUUGUGACACCGGCAAUUGGAAAUUCGGCCAUUGGGACAGUAAUCCCAAAUGUAUAUCCAUCCAGUGUACCCAAAGAUGGGAGUCCUCUUUUAUAUUGGUUACUUGAGAUAUGAACAAGUUUCCAACUGAACAGUUUGAACAAACAUUGAGAACAUUGCAUGUUUACAGAGGACAUAGAACUAUGAUGUCACCGUGAAUCCUAACAACAGUUUUCAGUACACAAAUAAGAUUAACUAUCUUAUCAGCUUUUGGGGCAUUCUACAAAUUUGCUUGUAAUCAAACAGUCACAGGUUGCUACAGGUUGUGUAUAUCAUGAGAAGAAAAACAGAUUAAGGGCUCAAUUCAAUACAUCUCUUGGAAGUCCAGCGCUGUAGUGCAAUUGAAGUUCAAAGGUAAAGAACUUUCGUGGAGACUCCACUUUCGUGGAGACUGUAUUCACGGUAAACGAUGCACAUGUUGGCUCAAUCGGAAAUUACUUUAACAUUUAAAUUACGCUAUAGCGCUGAACUUCUGCGAUACAAAUUGAAUUGGGCCCUAAAGAAAGGCUAUGGUGCUUUAGAACCUAUCUAUUGUUGGUGUUCUCUUCUGGAACCUGAAUUGAUCUUGAACCCGGUUGAUCUAUGCCACUUCAGAAUGUUUGUUUUCGACUCUAUAUCCUAGUGCGAUCUAGCCUUCUGACCCAUGGAAGCAGCAAGUUAAAGGAUUAAGGACUGUGAUGAGAUAAUGUCUUCAUUCAGGGACUAAUAGUGUGUAACACAGCACACAAAGCAAAUAUUAGCCUUUUUCGUUAAUCAGAUAGGAGAUACAAUCUUCUGUCCAACCUCUGAUCGCAGGUGAAAUGUUUUUUUGGUUGACUCUUUUGGUGAAAAGUAAUGCAUUGAGUUAGCUUGUUUGGCCACACCUCUUAAAGUAGUGUAUCUCGCACAUUAUCUCUGGAUUGGAAAUCAUUUCAAUCAGGCAUAUUUUUAUUUUUUAUAUACAUCAUACAGGGUAACUAGCAAGAACACUAUUGUAGGUCAGUUUAACCAAUGCAUAGGUACUAUCCACAUACAUGUACAAAUGAACCAGCGUUUGUUAAAAGGAAUCAAACACUACAGGCACACAAGCAAUAUUCUAUCACUUAGGAAUAUAUGCAACAUAGUUGUGUUAGCAGCUAUCUAAUGUUGCUUCACAGUUAACUAUUUUUCCCUGACAGAAAGCAACUGGGUAUUUCAUGAAUGUUUCAUCCAUUGACCCAAAGGUCUAUAUUGCCCAUGGAUCAUUCUCAUAAAAUUGUCCAAAACAUUCUCAAGUCUUGAUUCACUGAUAUUAGGAUCUGUACGCACUAACCACAGCAGGUAGCCUAGUGGUUAGAGCAUUGGGCCAGUAACCGAAAGGUUGCUAGAUUGAAUCCCCGAGCUGACAAGGUAAAAAUCUGCCCCUUCUGCCCCUAAACAAGGUAGUUAACCUACUUAGGCCGUCAUUGUAAAUAAGAAUUUGUUCUUAACUGACUUGCCUAGUUAUAUAAAGGUUCAAAAUAUAUAUUUCAAUUGUUUUUUAUCAGAUGUUAGGCAUUUUACCAACAUUUUCAUUACUGUAACAGACAAAAGAAAAGUUAUAAACAAAUCAAUAUAUAUUUUUUACAUUGCUCCCCUAAUGAAAAGGCCUGAGUUAAACAUAACACUGAAAAUAAACAUUUCUAAUUAAAUAAAAUGUGACUUUUUCCCAAUUUGAGCUCUUAAGCCAUUUUGGUAAUGAGAAGGCCAAAUGGGGUAAAGGGAGUGUUUUAAAAUAAAACUCAUUCUGAGGGCAUAUAAGCGAAUAAAUUAACUUGUGCUUAUCUACUCUAGAUGAUGCAUAAUGGGCGAAUAAAACUUUAAAACCUGAUUGGAGUUUUUACAGGAACUAGAAAGUGUUUUGAUACAUGUCCACAGACACUAUGUAAUAAAUAUAGUUUAAUGUAAACUUCCAAGUGUUUUAUUCAAAUAAGUUAAGCUUUCCCCAUUUUUUUUUUUAAAAUGACCUGAGAAUUUAAUACGGGUGCAUUUCGGCAAUGAGAAUUUGGGGUGAAAAUGUAAAAUGGGUUUAAAAUAAGACACCUUCCCAAAAAGUAGACAUCUCGGUCCUCAGCAUGAUAGUCGAUUUUGGCAGGUUCAUCAUGGUUUUGUAACUCAAUUUGCUAGACAUUUUAAAACUGAUUUCAUGAGGGACAUUAAUCCUUACCUUAUGAUCUCCUGGCACAUACAAGUCCUUAAUGGUUACACUAUAGCGUUAUGGAACAAUGAUCUAAAAUAAAUGUUAUUUAACUAAGCAAGUCAGUUAUGAACAAAUUCGUAUUUACAAUGACGGCUGAAUGAUACAGCCUGGAUUUGAACCAGGGACUGUAGUGACGCCUCUUGCACUGAGAUGCAGUGCCUUAGACCGCUGCACCACUCUGGAACCUCAAACAGCUUGCCCCAUGCAGUAGGAAUGAUUGUUUUGCAGCCCUGACCUCUAGUUUUCUGUAAGGGGUUUCUGUGUAUUCUUCUGUUUAGUUAUGUUGAAUCUAAGUGAAUUUAGUUUGUCUUUGUUGCUUUUUUUAUGAGCAUACUAACUUGGUUGCUAGUUAUAUGGGGGUGCAUUUGUUAACUCUCUGGAGUGCCAGAGAGCGCUUUGGGCGUUCGUAAAUUCAGAGCGUUUUGCUCUGGCCGAGGAGUAGGGUUGAUCCGAUCGUUCUAACCUUAAAGGCAGUCAAGCACUCAAACUAUCCGGCUAAAAUUUGCUAGCUACUUCCAUACAAAAAUUAGAGAACACCUCACUCUGACCAUUUUACUCACGCCGGUCAUGUUCGUAAAUUCAUCAGUUAUUCUGCGCUCUGGCGCAGACAAGAGCGUUCUGAAAUCGGAGUAGAUGGCCAGAGCAAAUUUACGAACGCGCCCAUGGUAUUCUCUCCAUAUGACUAAACAUUUUUCCAUGCAACAAAUUACAUACUUGUGAUUUAAAUAUCUAACUUUUAAUUCAUGAAAAACUCUCAAAUACAAAAGGCAACGAAUGAUCCAAACUGCAGAUAUUCAACAUCAAGACAUGGAUGUUAGAUCAGAAAAAUAGCACAUUUUAAAACAUUCAAACCAGAAGAAAACAUGAUGUAGCAGACAAUGAAUGAAAGACAGAUGCAUAGUUAAACUGGCACUAGGCUGUUUUUGAUGACCAACUUUCUGAAUGAUUAGGGUUGAGUGGGAUUUGAAUAAAGUCCAAAUUAAUUUGAUCAAACCGCUUUGUGUAAUCCUUAUGGGUCACCAAAAGAGAUUCCUCAAUUCACUAAGACCUCAAAGUGCGAGUCCACUUCCAAAAGACACACUUGUUAAUCCAAUCAAGCCUCCUGUCCUGUGCCAUCUAGUCAAGGGCGAGUCCUCAGUCCCAUUACAGACUGAUGCAGUUCAGUCAGGUUCAUUUGUGUUUGGGAGGUUUGGGCUUCCUUGGUUCCUUGGUCUUCUUGGUUAACUCUGGGUUGUUAUGACUAGCCUUGAUCUCUGCCUCCCAAUGUUUCUUCGCCACCGUGUACAACCUCAUGGUCGCCUGGGCGUCUUGGACCUGCAAAACAUUCUCAGACAUUGGCUAUGGUUCACAGUUGUACUACUGUAUAUGUGAGCUACAAAAUAAAAAAAUAUUGAUAAAAAGGUGA